UCAGUGCAUACCAUUCUAUGGUGCAUACAGUACGAACAAACAUUAAAAUGUAUUGUAUAUUGUUAAAUUUAGUGGUUUGCUUAACUGCAGUUUCAGCAAUAUCUAUCCCGGAUCCUAUCAUAUUGACACAGGCUGAAGAUAUACCGGAACCUAUCAGCAUUCAGGACUUUUGGCUCAACCUGGGAAGAUCAUUAAGAUUCGACCCUGCCAGAGACAAUCAGUACCAUUUAUUCACUAGAGCCAACCCAACGACUAGCCAGCCGCUAGUGCAGGGUCUCCCGAAUCUUCUGUCUCAGUCUAACUACAGCACUAGGAGACAGACAGUGAUAGUGAUACACGGAAGAUAUGGCAACUCUGGUGACCAUUUUAAUCGCGUCGUCAUACCAGCCAUCCUGCAAGCCGAUGACAGGAACGUGAUCACAGUGGACUGGAGAAUUGGAGCUAACGCACCAUCACCUCAAGUCAUACACCAAGGUGUCCACUCAGCUCGAUUCGUCGCUGGAUUCGUCAACUGGCUGAUGUCAGUGACCGGUCAUAAUGCGAAUGCAUUCACCGUGGUCGGAUUCAGUCUGGGCGGACUGAAGGCUGGACUGGUUGCCAGACAAAUUCAGGGACAAGUCUCAUUUAUGAUGGCUCUGGAUCCUCUCCAUCGACCUGACUUACCUGCCAACAUCAGGCCUGAUGAUGCCCAGUAUACUGAGACCAUACGUACGGCGGUCGGCGAUAUGGGUAACCAACCCGCAGCUCACGUGGACUUUUACGUGAACGGAGGAUAUAACAACCCAGGCUGUGGCAACGACUUCGAAUGCAACCAUGCUAGAGCUUACUUGUUCUACGCUGAGUCGCUGACCCGAGGCGGGUUCACAGGCCGCCAGUGUCCGUCUCUUCAGAACGCGUUCACCGGCAACUGCUUUAUGCCUAACACUCUGAGGAUGGGUGGACUCAAUCCUAAGACUGGAGCAAGAGGCCUUUUCCACUUGACCACGAACGCGAAUUCACCAUUUUCAAGAGGAUGAACCACUUCGAAUAUAAACAUACUAAGAAAUUCUGUAUCUAUGUCAAUUUAGCAGUAAGAAUAAAUAAAUAAGUAAUAACACAGUA